AUGGCAAUUAUGGAAAUUCUUUCUCGAGUGGGCGAGAUGAGGUUGACGAUACAGCUUUUUCGCUUCCUUGGCUCAGCGAUUCUCCUACUCGCUGUUUUGAAAGCAUCAUUCGCUCUUCGAUUUCCUCCACAAAAAGUACAUGACAGCGAUGAAACUUCUUCAGACGCGUCCUUAUGUCAAUCAUCAUCUGAGGCCACGCGCUCCCAACUCACAGAAUUGUUAGCCGAGAUACAACAAACCUUUUUCUAUCAGCUUCACCCAGAGCAUAUUGCCAGGAUGGCUGAGGUAACACCCGAACUAAUCAGAGAGCAUUUCCAACCCUUCGAUCCAAGUCCGGAUGCCAUUAAACGCAGAACCGACAAGGCCUUAGAACUACGUCGGAGACUCAACACUUUGCAAAUCGACACAAAGAAGUUAAAGCUGAGAGAGCGUAAAGCCAUUCAUGUGGCUAGUGAUGUUCUGUUAGCCCAGGGAUGGGAUCCGUACGGCAUGAAUUAUUACUCUGGAGAUUGGCUUUUGGGACCGAACUUAUUUUGCUGGCAACCUGUUUGUCAGGUGUUCGGAAAUUUGAACAGUGUUUUUUCUCACUUUAAACCGGACAAUAUGGACAAGUUAGAGAGACUGAAGACCCUUUUCGAGCAGUACCAUCAAGUAUUUGAAAGAUACGUGGAGAACUGGAAACUUGGAGCGCGUUCAGGGUAUCUGAGGCCUUUUAAAGCUUGUAAAGCGGCCGUAUUCGCUGUGAAAUACAAGAAAUAUAGAGAAAUGGCGAUAAAUGGUGAAUCAGGAAUAUACAAGCAACCGUUUGCCAACAUUCUUUUAAAUUCUGGCUUCUUCGCCAGCCUCUCCAAGUCUGUGAACGAUACUUGGGAGGAGAAACACCAAGAGAAUGUCAAGGAGUUUUUCAAACAGUCUCUUGAAAACAACAUUGCAAAGCCCGUUGUGAGAAUGCUAAGAUACUGAAGAACAGCAAGAGCACGUCGCUGUCGAUAAGUUCAAAGAAAUUCUCGGAAAUUCUAACAUGUGGUUUAACAGUAGGACUUUUCCUACCAGCGAGAGCGACGAAGAUGCUUUUAUAAAGUGUAGUGACUCAGAAAGUGCGGAGGAAUUCUGCCCCAAGCGCUGGGAAGCUAUGCAAAAAUGGAUGGAGAACACCAAAGACACCAUGACGAACCACAUCACACCAGUCCUCGCAGCCAACUUUCACAGCAGUGGGCCCAAGAAAACUAUUCCUGUUUGUGGGGUAGACCUUUAUGCAUCGUUCCAGCCUUAUGCUAGUUAUCAUUCUUACGGUAUAGGAGCAAAGGACUGCUCAUAUAAAGGAAGCCAGGCGCUACCGUUUUUUAUGGACCGAUUUGGCCCAAAAUGGACGGAAUAUACCACCACAGCUCAUGAGCAAAUGCCCGGGCAUCAUUUGGAGGUUCAGAGUUACACGGAAUAUUUUCAGGACAGUUGCAAAGAUCCCAUUCACUGGUUGGGAGCCUACAAUUAUUUUCCAGGGUUUACCGAAGGCUGGACGACUUACACUGAGUACCAACUGCUGCCUCAAGACACGAACCUUUACUCAGACACUUCCAACAAGGAGGUGUUGCUACAGAAAUACGGCAUGAUCUACUACCAGCUCUUAGCCGCUCUGCGCGCUGUUGUAGACAUUGACCUAAACUAUUAUCAGAAGUCAGCAUUCGAUGCCCUCCGUAUGUACAAACAGUAUGUCUGGGAGGACAACACGGACCAGGCAAAGAAAGAUAUCAUAAGGUCAGAAGGUUUGCCGGGACAGGUAGCCAGCUACGUGUCUGGUCAACUGGAAAUCUCUCGCCUCAGGAGUUUAGCCGAGAGGGAGCUGGGUCAAGAUUUCGAUCUGAAGGAUUUUCAUUACGAGGUAUUACGUCAGGGGGAGAUACCGUUGAGAUACUUGGAUGAACACAUAAAAGCUUAUAUCGCCUGUAAGAAAAACCCGUCUCUCGAGGAAUGUGGAGAAUUUUAAAAUGAAUGAGAAUGAAAGCUGUGCUAAUGUUAAAUGAAAAUAAAGGAGAGAGAAAAUA